CCAGAGGGCUGUAGGUGGGUGGGUGAGGGGCUCCUUCUAGCCAGGCCUAUCUGUGGAGUGGGGAGUGAGGAGUCAGGCCUCUGCCAGAUUGAACCUUUUGUGUGUAGACUGUUAUCUAUUUUUAAAAAAUAGUUGAAGGUACCUGGGUGUGGGUGCAGAGUCGGGGCAGUCUCCAUAAGGGACAGGAAAAGAAAGAAGACCUGAGGGACAGAUUGGCAAGAACUGAAUGCACCCUUGGACUUGGCAGCAGUGAUCAGCAGGAUGGCACCUCCAAAGAGUCUGUGGGCUGGUGGGGUUCAGGCAGGUGGUAGUUUUGAAGGGGUCGCUGAGUUCUCUGCAUAGCCAGACAGCCCGAAGCCAUGCUAGAAAAUGGAACAUUUAGUUCUGCAGGCUCUGGAGAGGCAGUCCCUAGAACUGGGGGUGAUUUUUAUAGUAGCUUAGACAGUGGGGGUCCAGCCCCUCCCUCAAGAGCAAGGGCACACUCAUAGAAUGUCCUCUAACCUGUCCUUGAGUUUCUGGACACCAGAGGGCUACCACUGGCCUUGCGCCGGGUGCCUGUUCUGGGGGAGGGCACAGAGAGGCGAGAAGGUGGGCAAAGGCGCAGAGAAGAAUGGGGAAAGAACAGAAAUCUAGGGCAGAGGGGCCACUUCUUACCUACAGGGGUUGCAGUUCCAACCUCAGCUUUGCAAAAUGGUCGGGGCAAGCCCUGCCUUCCCAGGAAGGGACUGGGGCCCUUUUAAGCAGGGUGCAGAGGGACUUUAGAACAGAACAGGAGAAAAGGGAGCUGUGAGGUGAGCUUUCCAAGGGCUCCUUGGGGCUAGCAGUGCAGGCAGAGAGAACUCUGGGGUCUUAUCCUUCCUUCCAGCUACACUGUCCACGGACAGCUGGGAGACACUAAGCAAACCCAGUUGGUCCUUAAGUGCCCAGGCAUUCUUCCCACCCACCACUGCCCUGUCUCUUUGUCCCCAACUUCCUUUUGUUCCCAUUUUUACUCAUCUCUGGCUAGAGGAAUGAGAAGUUUUGGAGUGAAGAAACUGAAGCAUCAACUAGAAAAAAAUCAGGGCCUAAGCUAUGAAAAUUGAGUUAUGAAAUGGAGAAUUUCCUCUAUUCAAUAGUGUGCCCCAACUCAGGGGAUAUGUUAGUUGGUAGGAGAGGAAAUAGAGCAAACAGUGGGCAGUUUUCUCAUCAAACGGGUAUACAAAGCCCUCUAAAAACAGUGUUACCUUGCAGCACUGUGUGUAACAUGCAGAAGGAAGCUGUGGGUAACCAGGAAUGUAUACAGAGAAGGGCGAGGAAGGGCACUGUUAUCACUACUUUGUAUACGGAGCUGGGAACAGGCAGCCAUCCUGGUAGCUCUGUGUCCUAACGAGUGGGCCUUGAGACAGAUCUGUGCCUGCGCAGGGGUUUCUUAACCCUGGAGGAACUUGCCUUGCUCCUUGUCUUCAGACUUCAACAAUACUUAAGGCCUACCCUCCAUUUUCUCUCAGGCCCGUCUUCCAAGCCUUGCAAAUGUCACUUGGUCAGGACUUCCCUUGACCCAGUGUCCCCUGACUAAGGUCCCAGUCUGCUCUGGCUCAUUUGAAAGUGUCUGGAGUGCUCUAAGGACACUCCCUGAACCCAGGCUUCCUUGUACUGCAGGCAAGAAUAGGAAGCCCUAGAUGUAUCUGGGCUGGGAAAGGUUUUUGUGAGUGUUACUGAGGUUAGCAGCCCUGGCCUGGAUGGGGAGCACAUCUGGGGACAAGCAGGUCAUUUCAAGUUCUGGAUGACAGAAGUACUCUGACCUAGAACCCUAACCUGCCUCAGGAGACUUGUACGUUGAGUCCUAGCUUAGGGACAGUCCGGAAGACAAUGGCUGUACUCUGUGGCCCAAGGUGAACCUGGAAAUGCUUGUCUGUACAGACUCUACCAGAAAUCACAGACAGUGACCAGGAUUCAGGGCUAAUAUGGUCAAUGGUUUUAGGACAGGCUUGCGGAUCAAGCCUCCAUCUGACAUGAGGAUCAGAAGUCCAGCCAGGGCACUAACAGAUUGUCUCCCUCUUCACAAGCUCGGUCAGACAGCAUUCUGAUCGGCCUGCGGCACCUCAGAGAAGCCUUGCAUAUGACCGCUCGCAUGUCUGCCUGGGAGUUGAAGAGACACUUCCCAUUAGGAAAUACCACAGCUGUUGCUGUGGGGCCAUGUGUCCCCGUGGACACUCUCCAGGACCUCACUUGGCAGCUCAGCAGUGCUGGACUCGGCGAGACGCGGGCGAAAAGGAAAAGAAGGCGCGAGGUGAACUGAGUUUGAUCCUGAGGCGCCUACAAGUGGGUCCCCGGCGGGCGGCGGGCGGGGCGGCUGGGCGGGAGGCCGGCGGGAGCUCACACGCUCGGCAGCCGGCCGGCCUCUCACCACGCCUCCCGCUUUGUGAGCGCGCCCAGGGGGGGUGCUGGCCGCGAGCCCACGGCGCGCCUCCCGCCUCUAUAUAAACACACGCAUCGCCUUGCCUUGGAUCAAAUCAGAUUGAGAGACGCUUUUCAAACCACCAGCCCUGAAGUCCUGCCUCCUGCUUUCCCCCUCUUUCAUCCCCUUGGCCGUUCUUUCUUUCUUUUUUUUUUCCCCCUCCUCUCUUUUCUUUCCCCCAACAGCAACUCCAGAGCCGAGAGACUGCGUCCCGGGACAGACUGCCUUUUCUUAAUUGAUAGAUAGCCGGGCUCGGGUUUUCCACCUCCUCCCCCAACCCCACCCCGCCUCACCCCUCCCGCCCGCCGCCGCCGCCCCAGCGCCCGCCCGGGGCUCUGUCGCCGGCUGCGUCCCUUCCCGGCUGCGGCCCGCCGACUCCGCACUCGCGCCCGGGCCAACGCGCCCGCCUCGCCCGCCUCCGGGGGCCGCGGCCGCUCCAGCCUCCGCACUCGCCUCAUCUGGGGAGCCUUUUCCCAAGCCCCCAAAGUUUCUGGGUUCGUUGGGAUUUUUGGAUUCCGAUUCCCCCCUUUUUUAUGCACCUGGGAAUUUUGGAGGAAUACUUUUGAUAAAUUGAUCUCACUUUCCGCUAGCUCUCGGUUCCCCUUCUUUUUGCCCCCCUCGCUUUGAGCAGGGAAGGGGCUUCCGAGAGGCUCCUAGCGGAUAAAGUUUUCCAAAGUUUUUCUAGUGUGAUGGUCGAGGGGAGAGCAGGCUCACCAGCUUGACUCUGCUCCAUCUCACCUUCCCAGAGCAGCCCUAAGCCCGCAUAAAGGGACAAACAAACAACAAACAAACAAAGUUACACCUCGAGUCGCCUCGUGUGUCUCCUCUCUUCUUCCAGGAAAUCUUUUUCCUCCCUCUCUUCGAUCACCUCGCAGCCUUCAGACCCCUUCUCUCGGCCCCAUCUGGGGGUUUCUCCGAGGGGUGCCAGGACCCCCGGCCGCAGCUUCCCCUCCCCCGUCACUCUGGUCCGGCCCUCCCCUCCCCCUUCGCGGCCCGCACAGCCAAUCCCCCGAGCGGCCGCCAACAUGCUCUUUGAGGGCUUGGAGCUGGUGUCGGCGCUGGCCACCCUCGCCGCGUGCCUGGUGUCCGUGACGCUGCUCCUGGCGGUGUCGCAGCAGCUGUGGCAGCUGCGUUGGGCGGCUACCCGCGACAAGAGCUGCAAGCUGCCGAUCCCCAAGGGCUCCAUGGGAUUCCCGCUCAUCGGAGAGACGGGCCACUGGUUGCUACAGGGUUCUGGCUUCCAGUCGUCGCGCCGGGAGAAGUAUGGCAACGUUUUCAAGACACACUUGCUAGGGCGGCCGCUGAUCCGUGUGACCGGUGCAGAGAAUGUGCGCAAGAUCCUCCUAGGCGAACACCAGCUAGUGAGCACCGAAUGGCCGCGGAGCGCACGCGUGCUGCUGGGCCCCAACACGGUGGCCAAUUCCAUUGGCGACAUCCAUCGCAACAAGCGCAAGGUCUUCUCCAAGAUCUUCAGCCACGAGGCGCUAGAGAGCUACCUGCCCAAGAUCCAACUGGUAAUCCAGGACACACUGCGAGCCUGGAGCAGCCAGCCUGAGGCCAUCAAUGUGUAUCAGGAGGCCCAGCGACUUACUUUCCGAAUGGCCGUGCGUGUGCUGCUGGGCUUCAGCAUCCCUGAGGAGGACCUGGGCCACCUCUUCGAGGUAUACCAGCAGUUUGUGGAGAAUGUCUUUUCUCUUCCUGUGGACCUUCCCUUCAGUGGCUACCGAAGGGGCAUCCAAGCUCGGCAGAUCCUUCAGAAAGGCCUCGAGAAGGCUAUCCGUGAGAAGCUGCAGUGUACCCAGGGCAAAGACUACUCGGAUGCCCUGGACAUUCUCAUUGAGAGCAGCAAGGAACAUGGCAAGGAGAUGACCAUGCAGGAGCUGAAGGACGGUACCCUGGAGCUGAUCUUCGCAGCCUAUGCCACCACCGCCAGCGCCAGCACGUCCUUGAUCAUGCAGCUGCUGAAACACCCUGCUGUGCUGGAGAAGCUGAGGGAGGAACUGAGGGCCCAGGGACUGCUGCACGGUGGCGGCUGCCCCUGUGAAGGUACCCUGCGCCUGGACACGCUCAGCAGCCUGCGCUACCUGGACUGUGUCAUCAAGGAGGUCAUGAGGCUCUUCACGCCCAUCUCCGGUGGCUACCGUACUGUGCUGCAGACCUUCGAACUUGAUGGUUUCCAGAUCCCCAAGGGCUGGAGUGUCAUGUAUAGCAUCCGAGACACUCACGACACUGCGCCCGUGUUCAAGGAUGUGAACGUGUUUGACCCUGACCGCUUCAGCCAGGCGCGCAGCGAGGAUAAGGAUGGCCGCUUCCAUUACCUCCCGUUUGGCGGUGGCGUGCGGACCUGCCUGGGCAAGCACCUGGCCAAGCUGUUCCUGAAGGUGCUGGCGGUGGAGCUGGCCAGCACCAGCCGCUUCGAGCUGGCCACCCGGACCUUCCCUCGUAUCACCCUGGUCCCUGUCUUGCACCCUGUGGAUGGCCUCAGCGUCAAGUUCUUUGGUCUGGACUCCAAUCAGAAUGAGAUUCUGCCUGAGACAGAGGCCAUGCUGAGCGCUACAGUGUAGCCUCACUCUGGUCUCAGCCCAGCCCAGCAGAGGGGUAGGGGACAGAGACAGAAACCUGUGGGGUGGGGAGGGGCUGGAUAGGAGGCCAGCAGCCCCUAUGAUUUCCUCCUCUGGCCUCCGCUCCAGCAAACCCUCUCCUAAUACACAAGGGCCCAUCCCCUCCUGACUUCCACUCUCUUGGAUCUCCACUGCCCCCUAGCUUAGCUCCCGGGACAGGGCCCGGACAGGGCUCUGUGUGCCCAUGACAGUGUUAGCACCAGUUGGCUGAGCUGCAGAAUAUGCUCAUAACCUUCUGAACGCCCCCUCUCUUUAUCCCCUUGUCUUUUUGUUGGUGAUAUAGUGGUUGUGAAGGCAGGAGGGAAGAAAAGAGGGGGGCUCGGAGCACUCUUUGGCACCCUGCACCUCCCCCCCUCUUGUCCCUGCUCAAAUGAUGUCAACCUGAGCAGGAACUGCCACCAGCCUUGAGGGUGCCCUGUACCAGCCUAACCAGUUUGGACAUUGGAAAUUACCUAUUGCUGCUAUUUACUCUCUUCUGAUCAUGGGGUACCAGGGCCUAUAGGCUUAAUCCCCAGCAUCUUCCUUGGUGGCCCUGGGCAGGCACAGUGUUGCUCCUCUCCCAUGGGACCCACUGAGCCAGGUGUUUUUUGGCUAUAGCUGGACUCCCAGCUGCCCACCCCUGCCCCCGAGCCCAUAUUUAUUCACUGACCUUGGCUACACUGAGGUCUGGAGCACAUGCCUGCCCCUGCCCCACACAGCUGCCAGCCUCUGGCCUAGCUGUCCUUUUCAGGGCUUAUGUGAGGCAAGAAGACAGUGCUCUUGUCUAAGCUCCCUAGUGAAGGUUAACUGCCCUCCUGGGCUCCAGGCAAAUGUUCAGUUUAACCUCAGAGUCAGACACCCAGCAUCUCUGCCAGGUGGCUUUUUUUUUAAAUCCCCUCCUCCUGUCUGUCAUAAGGCCUGGGCUUGUGCAUCUGGGGGCCACCACUUCCUGUUCGCUCACUGCCUGCCCCAGUGCCAGCCACUCCCCUAGUGAGGAUGUGUAAGGAUACGGGUUCUUCUGAAGGGACUUCUUGUCUUCCCUUCCUUAACCCUCACUCUCUGCCCCUUUGCUCUUGGGAGAGUUCCCCACCCCACCCCUGUCCUGCCCCUACCCCACCCCCAUGCCACUGUCUGCUAAGCCCAGCUCAGGGUGUGGGUGGGCAGGAAAGCAGAGAGGUAAGGUAGAGAGAGCCCUCCCCCUGAGAUGCCUCAGACCCUUCGGGGUCUGGAGACACUCCAGGGGAGGCCGCAGAAAGCCAUGGGGAAGGAGAGGAGAAAGGACGAAGAGGAUGGGGCAUGAGUGAGUUUUGUCAGAGUGGUUCAGUUGCAGAGAGGCCAGUGGGGAUGACUGGGCAGACAGGGAGGAGCCUGGGCAUUUUGAGGACUGAUUACCUAGGACCCAUCCUGGGAAGACUGUGGGGCUCCGGUGAGUCUCUAGACAAUUUCGUCUGUUUUCAGAUUCCUAUUUGCCUUUGUUUCCAUCCAUUGCUUUUGCGUGUUGCGAGGGCAAUGGGUCUUCUUCACAAGAAAAUAAAAACACAGAAUGACAGCCCACAUCAGCUUGACCCUAGACGGCCACUGUCACGGAAAUGCAGCCAUAUCUCACCAGCCACACAGGAUGUCCUAUGUAAGCUGUGCUUUCCAAAUGUUUCAGUGGCCUCCUGCGUUUUCCUGACAGAACCCAAACAAACAAGACCAUUAGAACAGACGUUAGCAGCAAAAUUAAUGUGAAAUUAAAAAUAAGUGUGAUCCCUCCAUUUCCUUUUCCAGUUCUGAAACAGACCAAAAUGUGUAAAGACUCGUCAAAGCGUAGGACGUAGGUGCAUGCUGCCCCACAAACCAGCUCAGUGCCUGGAAGGGUCAUUUUCCCGCACGCUAACCCUGCUUGCCGGCAACCAUCUGUUUCAGACUGAAGAUGUGGCAUGUCGUAACUCUGGCCCUGGUGAGGGGCAGGGAGACUGGAGGGCCCCGGCAGGCUUCAGGGGCCUUCCCUUUCAGGGGGCCAGCCCAGGAGGCGUGGAGAAGGAAAAGCUGAGAGGGAUCCGUGUGAGGGUAGGGGGGAGAAAAGAUGGUCUGCCUGGGUGGGUCUCAAAGGUAACAGGCAAAGGGGCCUAGCCCGGGCGCCUGUGGGGUGACACCUGUCUCACCUCUGUAGAUGUGUCUGUUCCGUGUUCGUGUGUUUUAUUGUGGUAGCAUUAAUGGGUGAUGUAUUCUCACAUUCCUAACUAUUGUAACUUGACAUUAAAGAAUUAAACCCCACAAGACUUCCCGCCACGGGCUUGCGGAUUGAAGCACUUUUGAAGUUAGGCGCUGGCGUGUGCGUUCUGGGCAACCAUUUUGAUCCUGCCCGGAUUUCUAUUAUUUUAUACACAAAACUUCUUUUUCAUAAAUGUUAUAAUUUUGUGUCUGUCUUUAUAAACUAUUAUAAGUACUAUUUUUGUUAUAAUUCAAAAUAGAUAUUUAGUAUAAAGUUUUUGCUGUUAAAUAUUUGUUAUUUAGUAAAAUAUGAAUUGUUCUUUAUUGUAAACAUGGUUCAAAAUAUUAAUAUGUUUUUAUCACAGUUGUUUUAAUAUUGAGAAAGCACUUGUGUGUUUCGUUUUGGUAUGAGCUGGUGCCGUGUGUGUGUUUUGAUUGUCGUGUGGUUUUGAUGUGUAUAUAAUAUUCCAUGUUGCAUAUUACAACAAUGAAUGUCAUGCAUUUUGUGAAAUACUCAAUGUGGCUCUUUUAUUGGCUUCCAUAAUAAACUGUGGGGACUCAC